AUGUACGAGAACUCGGAUGGAUUCGCUGCGAAUCUCGAAGACCAAUCUCGAACAUUCUCUCGAGUGAACAGCGUCAUUCUUUCUCAACAAGCCAGUCGAUUUUCGUUGCCGUUCGAUGUGAAAGAUUUCGAAAGAAUGACUCCGAGAGUCUAUUUGGAAAAAUUCUGCAAAGUAAAUAACCGUCGGCAUGUCUUGUACAAACGUGUUUUUGAUAAACACAAAGAUAAUGAGGGCGAACUACCGUUUAAAUUCCUUUCUGAUGCGCUAGCUGAUGCUUAUAUGCGAACGAUCGAUAUGAAUUACAUCACGGAUGUUAUCAAUCUGCUUGACUUACCGACAAAUACAAAGUUGACACUGUCCGAGUUCGAAGGCAUAGCAGCAUUUUCCGAACGAUAUUUCUUCAAUAUUUUCACUCGGCAAGAGAAUGCAGAACCACAACUACAAAAAGAUGUAUUGGAGAAAUUGGAUUUUGCGUCGAUUAAUUGGAAAUUAAUUGGAGUGAACAUCUCACCUACACUACGACAAAUCUUACGACAUAUUUGA